AUGGCACUCAAUUCAGUGGAAGCUCUUUCAACUCCGAGCCAGGACUCGAUCGAAGACGUCGAUCUACUUUCCUUACUAAACUCGAAGCCCCGGGAUCAUGAUGUGCUCUUUGCGGAAGCACUGGGUCUUCUGGAAUCAAUGAAGUCAUCUCCCUCGUGCAAUCGCAUGGCGACCUCGAAGAUGGUGACGUCCUGUCAAACAAUCGGUGGCAAGCCUGAAAAGGCUGAUCCGGAAAUCCAUGUGGCCUUAGACCGGGUUCGCUCCAUAUAUGCCGCUAGGCUUGCCAUGUGUGAGCUCAAGGAAGCAGGGGCAGCGAUUCCCUCUCCGUGUAUUUCCGUGUCGAUACAGCCUCCACCAAAGAGAGGAAUUUUCGGGGUAUCGUCCAGCCAUAAGCCCCGCUCUAAUGAUUUGGAAUCUAUACCAAAAGGGCAGUUAGAGUCCUGCCUCAAAUUGCUGGAAUCACGGCCGCAGUGGUGGACGUCUUAUAGCAAUAGUAGGCAGAAUGCUGUGGUUAUUUGCCAGGCAGCGAGGAUCGAGAACGAAAAGGCGGAACUCCUUGAACUUUAUAGGUCCAUAGUGCAAGGCUCGGUCAAACUUGAUCAUGGUCUACAUGAAGCAAUGGAAGUUGCUACAGCCGAAACUUCUCGUCAUAAGACAUUCAUGCAAGCAGUUGAGGAGAUGAGGAUCAGGCUAGUCCAUGAAAUGGAUAAAACGGAGUCACAUCUCAAAGCCACCUUGGAAAGAGUCUAUCGCAACAUGGAGGCUUAUGUUACAGCAGUUCUUGGGCCUGUCUCUUCGGCUAUUGAGCGAAUGCACGAUAAGACUAUGUCACUUGAGAGGAAUAUUGGAAACGCCUCGAGCGAGACAGAAUAUCUUCGACAAUUAUUGAAAGCCUUGUAUGAUGAGUCGAUGGCCAGGAAUGAACAAAUGGCGUCGACCCAGCUGCACGAUGUCUCAGUUAACAAUGAAUUAGUUUCAUCUCUGAAGUCGAGCCUGGAGACACUCUUGCAUGACAACCUGGAUACGCUCUCUCUCACUGUGCAGAACCUCGAUUCUUCUCUGGAAUGGCUCUCCGGGAAGUUCGUUCAAAUUCUACAACAAGAGCAAAGUCUCUCCGAGCGCUUGCAAAUUCUUGACACGUCUCUGUCCAAAUCUCAGCUAAUAGCUGACGAACUGCGCAAAGUCCAACUGCAGCACAAUGAAGCCAUGAAAGGUCAUUCUCAAGUGCAAGAACAUCUUCAGACGAAUAUACGAAUCUCACAGGCGCUCCUGGAUAAGACCGCAGCGGCAGCUGCCAACUUACAGGCCAUGAUCGAUGAAACCACGAUCAGAUAUAAAGAGUCUCCCACUUUCGGGGUCUUUCCGGUGUCAUCUUCCACGUGGACCGCAUUCAGCCUCCUGAUCGGCUUGAUCGGUGCUCAGAACCCGAGGCUUGCUAUUAUAGUGCUCGCUAUUUCUAUUUCUCAUUUUAUCACAAUGAGAUUUCUAUGA